AUGGACGUCAAAACCGCAUUCCUGAACGGUGAUCUUGAGGAAGAGAUCUAUAUGGAACAACCGGAAGGUUGGGUCGUCAAGGGAAAAGAGGAUCACGUUUGCUUGCUCAAGAAGGCUAUCUAUGGUCUUAAGCAGGCUUCGCGUCAAUGGAAUGCGAAGAUCCAUCAAUCCCUUCUUGAUCUGGAGUUUACACGGACGUAUUCCGAUGCCGGCGUAUACGUAUAUCGGCGACAUGGGGGGAAUUCAGUCACCAUUGUGGUUCUUUAUGUCGACGAUCUACUCCUCUUCGGCGAUAACAAGAAUCACAUCAAGCAAGUCAAACGGAUGCUCGGACGCCAGUACAAAAUGACGGACUUAGGCGCAGUACAGCGCUUCCUUGGUCUUCGCAUUCGUCGUGAUCGUGCUUCGCGCAUUGUCGACAUUGACCAGGAAGACUAUGUCCAGUCUGUCUUAGAGCGUUUCGAGAUGGCUGACUGUAAACCUGCCAAUACCCCUCUUCCUGCGGGUGCUGCUCUCGUCAAGUACGACGGACUCGCCUCAGACGCUGAACGAUCGUGUUACCAGAGCCUCAUUGGUAGUCUUAUGUACGCCAUGCUCGGUACAAGACCAGAUAUCGCCUUUGCCGUCACUCGUCUCUCCCGAUACAGUGCCAAUCCCUCGCCCGACCACAUGAAGUAUGCCAAAUACAUCUUACGCUACCUGCAAGGCACUCGCACCUACAGGAUUCGCUACAACGGCGCUUCUAACGAUGGCUUAAUUGCGUACUCGGACUCUGACUGGGCUGAAGAUCGAGACGACCGGCACUCUACCUCGGGCACGAUCUUCUUGUUAGCCGGUGGUGCCAUAUCAUGGGCAUCAAGGCGUCAGCCUACCAUUUCGCUCUCCUCAACUGAGGCGGAAUAUAAAGCGGCCUCUGACACCUGCAGACAGAUGGCGUGGCUGAGGACGUUCUUUGACGAACUCGGAUACGACAUGAGCGAGCCAACCCCUCUCUGUGUAGAUAAUCAAGGGUCGAUCUUCCUCUCUGUCAAUCCGGUAGUCGAACGUCGGACAAAGCACGUGGAGAUCUGGUAUCACUUCGUUCGCGAAUUCUACGAAGCUGGACAAGUGGACAUCUUCUACGUCGCUACGGCUGACAUGCUGGCUGAUGCUCUCACAAAGAACGUUCCUCUGACAAUCGUCAAGAAGUUCUGUGAAGGUGUUGGUCUUCGACACUGA